AUGGAUGGAGAAGUUCUGGGCCGCAGAGUCUCUGUGGUGGACACCGCAGGGCUCUGCAGCUCCCGUCUUUCUGCAGAGAAUAUCAAACAAGAGCUGGAGGAAGCUGUCAAGCAGAGCUCUCCUGGUCCUCAUGUUUUCCUCCUCGUUCUCCAGUUAGGAAGGUUCAGCAAACAGGAGCAGGAAGGGCCAACAAUCCUGCAGAAGAUUCUGGGUCCUGAGGUCCUCAAACACACCAUGAUCCUGUUCACCUACGGAGAUCGACUGAAAGACACUGAUAUAAACUUGGAUCAGUUUGUUAGAGAGGAUCAGAACCUGCAGAAGCUGCUGAAAAGCUGCAGUGGGAUGUACCACGUUCUUAACAACAAUGAGAUGGAAAACAGGAAGCAGGUCCAGGAUCUGCUGGAUAAAAUAGAUCAUAUCUCAGGCGGAGCUUCCAAGAAACCAGCAAUCAGGAUGGUUCUUACUGGGAAAACUGGAACUGGAAAGAGUACAGCAGGAAACACCAUAUUGGGCAAAAAAUGUUUUAAAUCUAAACCCUCCCUGUCAUCAGUAACAUCCGCCUGUGAGAAGAACUACAGUCGUUUUAAUGAUGAGACACUGGUUGUAGUCGACACUCCAGGUCUGUUUUGUACUUUAAAACCAAACAGAGAAACACUGAUAGAGAUGGCAAAAUGCAUCUGUAUGGCUGCUCCUGGACCUCAUGUGUUCCUGGUUGUUAUCCAGCUGAACCGAUUUACAGAAGAAGAAAAGAUUGCAGUGAAAAUGAUCCAGAAAUGGUUUGGAGAAGAAGCUUCCAAAUACAGCAUGAUUUUAUUCACUCAUGGAGACGUGCUGAGUGAGAUGGGAGGAAGAGAAGCAAUGGGGGGUUUAAUCAAGGAGAAUAAAGCUCUCUCUGACUUUAUUGAUCAGUGCCAGGGACGAUACCAUGUUUUUGACAAUGACGAGAAGAAUCAAGCUCAAGUCAGAGAGCUGCUGGAGAAGAUCAACCAAAUGUUAACAGAAAAUGGAGGAAGCUACUACACCAAUGAAAUGUUCCAAAAGGCAGAGAAAGCCAAUAGAGAAGAAAUGGAAAGACUUCUGAAAGAACAUCCAGGGAUGAGUCCUGAAGAUGCAAGAGAAAAAGCUCCCACAGCUUCCAAGAAACCAGAAAUCAGGAUGGUUCUUACUGGGAAAACUGGAACUGGAAAGAGUGCAGCAGGAAACACCAUAUUAGGGGAAACAAGUUUUGAAUCUAAACCCCGCCUGUCAUCAGUAACAUCCGCCUGUGAGAAGAACUACAGUCGUUUUAAUGAUGAGACACUGGUUGUAGUCGACACUCCAGGUCUGUUUUCUACUUUAAAACCAAACAGAGAAACACUGAUAGAGAUGGCAAGAUGCAUCUGUAUGGCUGCUCCUGGACCUCAUGUGUUCCUGGUUAUUGUCCAGCUGAACCGAUUCACAGAAGAAGAAAAGAUUGCAGUGAAAAUGAUCCAGAAAUGGUUUGGAGAAGAAGCUUCCAAAUACAGCAUGAUUUUAUUCACUCAUGGAGACCUGCUGAGUGAGAUGGGAGGAAGAGAAGCAAUGGGGAGGUUAAUCAAAGAGAAUAAAGCUCUCUCUGACUUUAUUGAAAAGUGCCAGGGACGAUACCAUGUUUUUGACAAUAAAGAGAAGAAUCCAGCUCAAGUCAGAGAGCUGCUGGAGAAGAUCAACAAAAUGUUAACAGAAAAUGGAGGAAGCUACUACACCAAUGAAAUGUUCCAAGAGGCAGAGAAAGCCAACAGAGAAGAAAUGGAAAUACUUCUGAAAGAACAUCCAGGGAUGAGCCCUGAAGAUGCAAGACAAGGAGCAGAAAAAAACAACUCAUUCAUUCGGGGCUAUGUAGCAGCAGGAGCUGGUGUUGGAGCUGCUGUUGGAGCUGCUGUUGGAGCGGGGGUUGGAGGACCAGUGGGAGCUGCAGUGGGAGCUGCAGCAGGAGCUGCAGGUGGUGCUGAAUCAGAGCAAAAGGCUGACGUCAGAGUGGUGCUGGUGGGUCAGGAGAGAGUUGGGAAGAGCUCAGCAGGAAACACCAUCCUGGGAAAAGAGGCAUUUGACUGUCAGGUCAGCUUCAUCCCAGUGACUCUGAGAAGUAAGAGAAUGGAUGGAGAAGUUCUGGGCCGCAGAGUCUCUGUGGUGGACACCGCAGGGCUCUGCAGCUCCCGUCUUUCUGCAGAGAAUAUCAAACAAGAGCUGGAGGAAGCUGUCAAGCAGAGCUCUCCUGGUCCUCAUGUUUUCCUCCUCGUUCUCCAGUUAGGAAGGUUCAGCAAACAGGAGCAGGAAGGGCCAACAAUCCUGCAGAAGAUUCUGGGUCCUGAGGUCCUCAAACACACCAUGAUCCUGUUCACCUACGGAGAUCGACUGAAAGACACUGAUAUAAACUUGGAUCAGUUUGUUAGAGAGGAUCAGAACCUGCAGAAGCUGCUGAAAAGCUGCAGUGGGAUGUACCACGUUCUUAACAACAAUGAGAUGGAAAACAGGAAGCAGGUCCAGGAUCUGCUGGAUAAAAUAGAUCAUAUCUCAGGNGUCCUUAAACACACCAUGAUCCUGUUCACCUACGGAGAUCGACUGAAAGACACUGAUAUAAACUUGGAUCAGUUUGUUAGAGAGGAUCAGAACCUGCAGAAGCUGCUGAAAAGCUGCAGUGGGAUGUACCACGUUCUUAACAACAAUGAGAUGGAAAACAGGAAGCAGGUCCAGGAUCUGCUGGAUAAAAUAGAUCAUAUCUCAGGUGGAGUGGGGUACCUGUGA